AUGCCAGGCCGACUCGAAGGACAGGUCGCUCUGAUCUCAGGACAUUCGCAAGGGUUCGGGCGAGGGAUCUUGGAGACGUUCGUGAGAGAAGGUGCAAAGGUGGUGGGUGUAGAUUUGCAAGCGCAGCCUGGCCCCGUCUCAGGCUACGGCGAAGAUCAGGCACACCAGAUUCAAGGCAAUGUUGCCGAAGCAUCGACUUGGCAGAAUGCUCUUGAUACAACUGUCGCUUGUUUUGGACGGCCUCCUUCCAUCAUAGUCCAUAACGCUGGUUGGUCUUAUCCCAACAAGUCAGGCCUCGAAGUCACGGAGAGCGAGUUCAGCCGCCUUUUCGACAUCAAUGUAAAGAGCAUAUUUCUAGCCUCGAAGAUACUCAUUCCCGAAAUGAAGAAGAACAGCCCCGGGUCCACGGUCGUUAUAUCCAGCGAGAAUGCCCUUCGUCCUGGUGCAACUCAAACAUGGUACAACGCCACCAAGGCUGGCGUCUCAUCUGCAACUAAAUCAAUGGCUCUGGAAUUUGCGCGCGAUCAAUUGCGCUUCAAUACGAUCUGCCCGACCUCAGGGAAUACACCCCUGCUGAACAAGUUUGCUGGUAUCGCUGAUGGCCCAGUUCCGGCCGAGAUCAUUAGGGCCAAGUGCGACCCUAUACCAAUUGGUCGUCUUGUUGAGCCUUCUGAUGUUGCUAACGUGGCUUUGUUCCUCGCUGAGCCCGCGAGUUCGAUCAUAAGCGGCAUUGAAGUACUUGUAGAUGGUGCUCGCUGCGUUUGA